AUGCGAUCCGUCUCCGUCGUGUUCUUCACUUUUGGUGUAACACUGACAUGCAUCACGAGUUCCUUCGGCGAUGCCGGCUCCAACGGGACUGAAGCCGACCCCCCGGGUCGCCUUCGCUUAUCUAUCAACGACGUGAAUGACAAGUCCAGUGCCCGCGUGCCAAGGGCAAGUGCGACGGCGGGUCAAGAAGAGAGAAUGCCAUCUGUGCUCACAUCUUGGAUCGACAGGCUUAAGCCUUUCGUAACAAAGCUAUCCGCCCAUCUUCGAGCAAGGAAGUGGCUAAUGAGCUUCACAGGUACCAAUGGGGUCUUGGACCGCUUCCACUUGAAGACUGCUGGCAGUGAAGACUCGUUCAAGGUCGCUCAAGACUUCUGGGAUAGGCUAUCAGAUUCGGAUAUGACGGCUUUGAUGAUCUAUUUCAAGUUGGCAAACCCACGGGAAAAAAAGUUCAGCGUCCCAUUUGCCUCUGCUUUCUCGAAAAGAUUCGGAGAGCCCGAGAUGGCAGAAGUGCUAGUCAAGGCCUAUCGGUCGGGAACCCCAUUCCGGAAGAGUCUGGCCAUCGCGUUGACGAACGGGCAAUUUACGAGCUGGCAUCGUACCGGCACAAGCCCCGUCGACGUGGCUCGUCAACUAGAUCCGUGGGACGGAAAGGUUUUAACAGAUCGGAGAUUACUGAUGCUGCUAGGCUAUAUCCUCCGUGUCGAUCCAGAAAAGACGCAUCAUACACUGGCCAAAACGUUUACAGAGCUUUAUGGUGGCGAUGCUAAAUUACCGCCAAUUGUUUCGGGAAUGAAGAUGUUUGGCUUCGCACGAUGGGCAGGUAAGACCAUCGAGAGAGAAAUGGUCGAAGGCUGGAUCAAGAAUGGGAUGACUGUCGAUCAAGUUACUGCAUCGCUGAAGCUCGGUCCCGACCAACCUCUUACGUCCGAGGCCAACGACUUAUUGAACUUGUUCAUCGCGCGCGACAAACGUGUGAAACAUGGAACGACGGAUCCGAACAGCGUUCCAAAGGAACACUUCAGUGAUGGCGAACCCCCCAGUUUAAUUUUGCGGCCGCCGCUGAGUGAGGAACCUGAUAAGGGCACAGCGACUGCUCACCAUACGGGGAGGUAG